AUGUCGACAAUCGCUUUCUUCGGUCCCACUGGUGGAUGUGCCAACGCUUGUCUUGCACAUACUUUGAUAAACGGUUACAAAGCUAUCGCACUGGCUCGCACACCGGCAAAACUUACAGCGCAACUCCUCGAACAACCAGGGUUGACAACUGACAUACUGGAUAAACAGCUUCGAAUAGUACAAGGUGACGGAUUGGACGUGGAAGCUGUCAUGAAGACAUUAAUUGUCUUGGAGUCUGGAUCCAUGGAGCAGGACAAGCCAGUCGGCACAAGUCAGCCCACGCUGGUUAACAUGAUUGUCUCCGGGAUGGGCGGAACGGGCACAAUAGUAUUUACGAAGCCGUGUGACAGGAUAGGUAUGCGCGUCCCAACUAUCCCACACGUCAGCCUCACAAACCCACAUAUCACGGAGCAAUUUGCGGCCAUACUGCUUGCUGCCCUGCGACGGAUCGCGGAGAGAUUUGGUAGUUACACGGAUUAUGCGGCUGUCGCACCACGGCUGCUGGUGAUCUCUACAACGGGAAUCAAGGAGGGGGUGAAUGAUGUUCCAUUCUGGUUCAAGAUGAUGUAUGAUGUGCUUUUACCAAUUCCACAUGACGAUAAGAAGCAGAUGGAGAAGCUUCUAGAAAGAGAAAGAGUUCAGAAGGAGAGUUUGCUUGCUAAGGGGCUGAUUUAUGUGCGGCCAAGUCUUUUGGUGGGGGAUCAUAAGAUUGCUGUUCCAGGAGUGGAUGAUCGGUAUGAGAAAUUGAGAGUGGGGACGGAGAAGAAACCGGCUGUUGGGUAUACGGUUCCGAGGGCUUGGAUUGGGCGGUGGGUUUUUGAUGAGGUUGUCAAAUCUGGCGGGGACAUGUGGGUUGGAGAGGGAGUGAUUCUGACGGCUUGA